CACUUAAUCUCCUCCCCUCCUCCAGUUCGUAAAUUUCGUCCACGGACAUGGAUGCCAAUGCCACCGACGAUUCCGUCCCGCCGGCCAGGUGAGAGAUGAGCCUCACGGCGGCCUUCCGAGCCGCCAAAAUCCCGCGCCCUCUUCCCCCAAAGUGCGGCGAGCCAGCCGCCGCCACCUCGGCCUCGGCGUCCGGGGAUCCGCCGGCGGUGCCCGCGAAGAGUACUAAGGCGCCACCGCCGCCGUGGUGCGUGUACCUUAUAGCCUCCUCCCGGAUCCCCCGCACCUACGUCGGCGUUACCACCGACUUCCCUCGAAGGUUGCGGCAACAUAAUGGUGAGUUAAAAGGUGGUGCAAAAGCUGCCUCUGCUGGAAGGCCUUGGAAUCUCGCAUGCCUUGUUGAAGGCUUUGCCAACAGAAGUGAAGCCUGUGAGUUUGAAUCGAAAUGGAAGAACAUCUCCCGAAAAAUGGCACGGAAACGGACUGAGCCUAGCUUGAAGUCAGUGUUGCAACAUCGAGAGGCAGCAUUGAGCAGAGUGGAAGCAUUCAUGGAUUGUAGCCACCUACAAAUCAAAUGGCAGUCAAGUUGAGAUUAUUUAAUCAUUCACACUAUGCAGGUGGCAGGCAUAACAUCGAAUAAUAUCACCACUUAAGAACCCCCUUGUCUUCUAGUAGAUCAUGGCAAAGAUAAAUUAAUCUUCUACUGCAUGAUCAAGAUGGCUUCUGUUAUGUUUUCUUAACAUGGAAACACAAGAGUAGCUCCAGUGGCCAGUGUACAAUUGUAUUUUUGAUUUAUUUGUAUGAGCAAUUGUUUCCGAAGGAUAGAUAGUCUUCCAUUAUAUUGGUCAUCUGAUGCACCUAUUUGUAAAUGUAAAUGAUACUUAUGUACUAUCACUUAUAUUUCUUCUCAUUCAUCUUGGACUUUUAGUGUAACUAUUCUUUCUUUGUUGCA